CUCAAGUACCCUCAGAAUGAACCGCUUCGUCGCCGCUCUCCGUCCUCUGUCUCGCGCCGUCGCGCGCCCGCAGUUCGUGGCUUCCCGCGCCGCUCCCGUGCGUUUCUUCAGCGCUCAGACGUUCCUGGACCGUAACGAGGUGAGCGAGCGCGUGCUGGGCGUCGUCAAGAACUUUGAGAAGGUGGACGCGGACGCUGUCAAGGAGGCUGCCAAGUUCCAGGAGGACCUGGGCCUGGACUCGCUUGACGUGGUGGAGGUCGUUAUGGCUAUGGAGGAGGAAUUCACCAUCGAGAUCCCGGACAACGAGUCGGAGAAGCUACUCACCCCUGCUCAGGUCAUCGACUACAUCGCUGCCCACCCCAUGGCCAAGUAAAAUGUUGUUUAGUGUAUGCAUGCUGCUGCGCGUGUCACAUAGCGCAGUGCGGAUCGGCUUCCCUGUUUAGAGUGGACGCAGUAGCAAAGACAGUCUUCCAAGAGCCGCCGCUUCAAGACGAGAAAGAUACAGGUUCUAGUUGCGCUGGUGUUCAGCAAAAAGGCUUGGCGUCGCCGUCGCUCGCGCAUGAUUCACGUAGCCAUCAUUAACGAAACAAAAAGAAAAGCUACUUUGAUAAAGAGUCCAGUGUUGGUCACGUU